UGUCGAAAAUAUCAUUAUCCAACGUAUCGUUUCUGCAACAGAAGUGAAGGAAAGAGGAAUAGUAACCAUGGCUUCUAAAAUCUCAUCAGUCCUCAGCUCCACACUCUUCUCCUUCUGCACCACAGAAUCAAUCCUUCUCGAUUCUUCUAAAUCACCCGCCUUUUUCCCUUUCCCUCCCAAUUUCCGCGCCGCCGCCGCCGCCGCAAAAUCGAGAAGACCCAUGGGGGUUUUGGCUAGUAGUAGCGCUGCUGCUCCGCCACAAUCGGAGGUUGAAGUUGAGAUUGCGGAUGGGUACACGAUAACCAAAUUCUGCGAUAAGAUGAUCGAUUUUUUCAUGAACGAGAAGCCCAAGUCUAGAGAUUGGAAACGGUACUUGAUUUUCAGAGAUGAUUGGGGCAAGUAUCGCGACAGAUUCUACCACCGUUGUAAAAUUCUCGCCGAUUCCGAAACCGAUCCCCAGAUGAAGCAAAAAUUGCUCGACUUGUCCAGAAAAGUCAGAAAGAUUGACGAAGAAAUGACGAAGCAUGGCGAACUUUUCAAAGAGAUACAGGAUAGUCCGAUGGAUAUAAACGCUAUUGUGGCAAAGAGACGAAGGGAUUUCACAGGGGACUUCUUUCGCCACCUCACUUUGCUCUCCGAAACCUACGACAGUUUGGAAGAUCGAGAUGGGCUUGCUCGUCUGGGAGCCAGAUGCUUAUCUGCAGUCAGUGCUUUCGACAACACUUUGGAUAUUGUGGAUACUUUAGACACUGCCCAGGAGAAGUUUGACGAAAUCUUGAAUUCUCCUUCAGUAGAUGCUGCGUGUGAUAAGAUUAAAAGCCUAGCCAAGUCAAAGGAGCUCGAUUCUUCUUUGAUUCUGUUGAUAAACGGUGCUUGGGCUUCUGCAAAGGAUUCUUCUACCAUUAAAAACGAGGUGAAAGAUAUAAUGUACCGUUUAUACAAGGCAACUCAAAGUAGUUUGAGAAGUAUCGCACCGAAAGAAAUCAAACUGCUCAAAUAUUUGCUGAACAUAACGGACCCGGAAGAACGAUUUUCAGCAUUAGCCACUGCAUUCUGCCCAGGCGACAAUCCUAAUAAUGUCAAAGAAUCAAAUGCUAUAUACACAACACCGAAGGAGCUGCACAAGUGGAUCAAGAUAAUGCUCGACGCGUAUAAUCUGAGUAAAGAAGAGAGCGAAAUUAGGGAAGCCAGGAAAUUGAGUCAACCCGUUGUCAUACAGAGACUUUUCAUCCUUAAAGAAACCAUCGAAGUGGAGUAUUUGGAGCAGAGCACCAAAACAGAGACACGAGAAGAGGAUGACGUAGACGAAUCGGGAGAUAUUUUUUCUCAUCAACCGACUCUGUGAGAGCUACUAAACCUAGUUUCUUUUUUCUUUCUUCCGGGCUCGUAAAACCCAUUUUAGAACUUCCAGUAGAAUUAAUUAGUCUGUCGUCUAUACUCUAUAGUGUGAAGUUGAAGCAAGCAAAAUCUCGUCUCAUAAUUUGUUAAAGAUGACACGAGAUGAACAUGUAAAAUCGUCUCGUUUACGUAUGUAUCGUUUGUCUUGUUCUUUAUACUAUCUCCCUUGUAUGGAAUGCGUGAUGGGGGCUAUGUAACUGCUUUUAACUUAUCCUAAUUUGCAUGGAACACACUUCCGAAUAA